AGAAUCUUCGGUUUUACAGUGAGUUAUCUUGUUCGCAAUUUUCAAAUGUUUUAAGCUCCCAUUCGAAACCUAUUAAAAAUGCUACAGAAAAUUUUAAUUCAUGCUAUAAAGCUGCUUUUCCACCGACUUUAUUUACGAAGUUACCCAACGGCAUGAGGGUGGCUAGCGAGAAUUCCGGACAUCCCUCUGCAACUGUAGGCAUAUGGAUCGACUCAGGAAGUAGGAACGAAACAGAUGCGAAUAAUGGUGUUGCUCACUUUUUAGAGCAUAUGUCUUUUAAAGGAACUACAACUCGAACUCAACGAGAUAUUGAACUUGAAAUUGAGAACAUGGGAGCUCUAUUAAAUGCUUAUACUUCUCGAGAGAUGACUGUUUAUUAUGCUUUUGUGGAUAAAAAAGACAUAAAGUCUGCAUUAACGAUAAUUGCCGACAUUUUACAGCGCUCCACUUUUCCUGCCGACUUACUAGAACGAGAAAGAUAUGUAAUCUGCAGGGAAAUGGAGGAAGUCACUUCAGAUAAUGAAGAAUUUUUAUUCGAUAUUCUUCAUGGCGUUGCUUAUGAAAAUUCUCCACUUUCGCGAACUAUUUUAGGGCCAGAAGAAAAUAUUAUGAGCUUAAAGAAAGAUGAUAUCAUUUCUUACAUUCAGAAGAAUUAUUCUUGUGAUCGAAUUGUCAUCUGCGGCGCCGGCGGCGUUUGCCACGAGGAACUUGUUCGGAUCGCUCAAGAACAAUUUUCAAAUUUUCCAGUUUUUGCUGAAAAUAAGGAUUUUUUAAAGUCUACUUUUAAAGGCGGCGAGAAACGCAUUUCCGAUACGUCCAUGCCUUUAGGCCACGUGGUUCUUUCCUUUGAAGGCUCCAGUUGGUCGCAUCCUAAUUUUUUCCCCUUCCAACUCGCAUCACAACUGAUUGGCAGUUGGAAUCGAUUUGCAGGAGGGAACGUGAAUGAGUCUAAUCCUUUAGCUAAUAGAGUAGCAGAAAGUGAUUUGGCUCAUAAGUUCAUGUCUUUUACUACUUGUUAUGCGGAGACGGGAUUGUGGGGAGCUUGUUUUAGUUCUGAACCAAACAAAGUGAGAGAAAUGGCGUACGCGGUUAUUGACGAAUGGAAUCGACUCGUUUAUAACGCCGAUGAAUCGGAUUUGGCGAGAGCAAAACAAAUUUUGAAAAUGAUGUGCAUGAAUUCUGUGGACAGCACGCAACAGGUUUGCGACGAGAUUGGACGUCAAAUUCUUACAAUUGGGCGUCGAAUGUCUCCUGCUGAGGCUAUUGCUCGCAUAGACGCCGUUAAUUUAGUGGAGGUCCGCACUCUCUUACAGAAAACUCUUAGAAGCCCUCUUGCUAUUGCAGCCGUCGGACAGAUUGAAGAUCUUCCCGAUUACAAUAAACUAAUUUCUGCAAUAAAAGUUAGCUAG